AGUUUCUUCUGUCGCAGGGGUUUUCCAGGGCCCGGAUGUGUGUUGCCGUGAACAUGACAAGUGUGACGCCCAUAUCUCUGCCCUGGGAUUCAAGUACGGCAUGCGUAACUAUCGGCUCCACACCAUUUCUCACUGCAGCUGCGACAACAGGUUCCGAGAUUGCUUGAAGAACCUCAACGACACCAUCUCCAACUUCAUCGGGACCAGUUUCUUCAACCUGCUGGAAAUUCCGUGCUUCGACCUGAAAGAGAAGGAGGACUGCCUUGAAUGGCAUUGGUGGGGAGGGUGUAAGAAGUAUGGCAUGAUGCCACUGGCUCACUUGGUGGAUCCAAGUCCAUAUCAACCCAUCGAGCACGCCGAUGCUAUCACAUCGACUCUCCAGCCGAGACGGCAUCGAAAAUUCGGCUCGAAAGGCAGAAAAAUACGGAGAAAGAAGGUUAAAAAACCAAGUUCUGAGACCCAAGAUCCCAUCAUCUCACUCAUCCCAAUCUCCAAGAUGAAUCAAGCCACUCACCUCCCCGGAAGAAGCUCUCCAGGUGAGGAGACUGUGCCAAAGUCAACUGCCCUUCAAACUACGUUGGAGCCUGGUCCCAUCAAGAUGGAUGGUGAGAUUCUCAGCACACAUCAUCCAGUUGUCCUUCCUGUCGAAGAUGCCUUCUCCAACGAGACACGGGAGGGAAAAAGGCCCGUCUCUGGCCCUUCUGCAGGACACGGCCAGGUUUCCAAGCCAAGACCAGGCCUGUCGCGGAGAUGCCGCUGCUACCAACGGCUGGACCAAUGCCCCUUCCAGAUUGGCCCCAACGAGUUCAAGUACCAGCUCCACAACUCCGAUGAUCGCACGCUUUUCCAUUGUAACUGCACCCGCCGGUUGGCCCGGUUCCUGCGCAGGAGGAAGGGUCCCAACGAAGUGGAGGAGCAAGUCCUGUCUCACUAUAUCUCCCCUUCAUGUUUUGUCCUGGAGACCCUCCCAGGUUGCCGGAUGGGAGACGAAAGCGGGCCCAACUGCAUCGGCAUCGGCAAAGCCGUCCUGGCCCCGGCUCGCCACCUCACCAACCGGCUGACGGGCAAACGGGCGAGGACCUCGUUCAAAGUGAAGCGCCAAGAACGGGCCUCCCUGGAGGGAGCCGCCCAGCUGUUCGACAAGUGCGUGCGGCUGGUGCGAGCCACCCUCCGGCCGGUGCCAAGCUGAGCCGAGGGCAGCCUUUGCCAUGGCACAAGCCCAGGAGGGCCAAGCCCAGGAAGUGGACAAAGUGAAACUGAACCGUUUUCUCCCCCACCUGCGUUCCCUGCCUUUUAGCCGGAAGGAGGUGCCCAGUGUGGACGACACAACUGUUGGAAUUGAACAAGAACAGGGCAUCCCACGGCACAAUAUCAGCUGGCCACCGCCUACUGUAAGGAAUUGGCUUCAGUAGACCCUGGACUCUCAAAACUCUGGGGCACUGGGACUUCGGAGGUGGCUGAUGGUACUGAGCCCAAAAGAAAGGGACAGAGAGAGGUUGAAGCCACAGCCAGAGGUGAUAUCCAGGUGACGUUCCUCCCCACUCAAAGCAGACGGCCUGACCAAGGCUCCUCUUGCUGUGAGGGGCCGGGGGGGGGUCUUCCACCCCACCCCUCCCCACCCAUGCUCUCCUUGCAAGGUGGGCAGCCUGUAAUGUAUUUGGGGAAGAGAGGAUGUCGUGGGGCCAUGAACAA